AUGGAAAAACACCAAGUUUCCAUUCUAAAUCCUAUUGGAACAGACUUAUUACGAAAACCGAUUUCUAAAUUUCUCCCGGAAAACAGACGAAGUAAAUCAAGCAUAGAUUGCACAAGACUGCAAUCUAGCAAAAUAUCACUUAAACCUUUAAAUUUCAAGAAAACUCAGCCAAGGGCAAAUCGAAGACACAUGAGGCUUGUCAGGCUAUUCAGACAAAUAAAAGAUUUUGAUACCCUCUAUGACGAAAAUGAUAAAGAAAUGGACGAUUUAAUGAUAGAAAUAGAUGGAAUAGUCAGAUCAUGCAAUUUCUUCAGUGUGAGAAAAAAUAAUCAUCCUGUCUCCUUAGAUCUCAAAUUGAAACUGCUAACACCUGUGAGAAAAUCCAAUCAAAGAUUCCAAAUGAAACGGCUCAGCAAAGCAAGCUCCGCAGCAACAUUCAAGUCAAAAAUAAAUGAGUCUUACUGCGAUCUCGAAGAAGUUUCUGAGCUUUCUGAAGUUUCUUCAAUACAAGAGCCAGAAGACCCUGAAGACAUAAUUUAUCAGCAAAAAGAACUGAAAUCCUCAAAAAUCAAGCUACCUUCCUUAAAAUUACUCCAAAAAGAAAACAUCCAAGAACAAAUAACAAAAGAUUCUAAAUCAGAGACAUCAAGCAGUGUGAAUCUAAGAAGAGAUAGUGCAAAUUCCAUGGCAUCAAGACGAAGUUUUUCCACCAAUUCUAUAGGCUCAACCGGCAGAAAAAUUUAUACCAAACAAGAUCAAUAUCAUAAUCGCUCGUGUUUAUUUUUUCAAAUUAAGAAAAAAUAUUUAAUUUAUAAUAGAUGGCAUAUUUCAAGAAAAGAUCAUUGAGCUGCAAUAGAGGACUUUCUCCAUUUAAGAUUGUAUCAAGUUUUAAUAGAAAUGGAUUCAAUAAGCACAAUCAAUUUAAUAGACCAAACGGGUUUAAGCGUCUAGACUUAAAUAGCUCACAGGAAAGCUCUUUAAGUCUUGGGCUGUUUGAUGACUAUGUGAGUGAGUUAGAAAAAAUUAAAAGUCUGAAACGAUCGUUUCCAGAAAACAAUUUAAGGGAGCUUGAAUCGAGCGAGUCUUUAUAUAGAGGGCUUCCUAAAUUAAAAGAAAAAAUAAUCCCUCGGCCAAAACCAGAUACAAGUUUAAUAAUGCCUAAGCCAAAGCCAAGUAUAUCCAUCAAUGAUCCAAUUAAUGUGGAAUUAAAAAAAUGGCAAACUUCUUUAACAAGGCACAGAAGGGCGAUUACAACCCUAAACAGCUUGCUGAAUCAAGCAUCAAGAGUCGAAUUGUAA